CUUUUAAUUCAUCAUAGAAAAAAUCGAACAAUUAACGGCGGCGUAGGCAGAGGCGAGAGUCGAAGAAGGGCAAACACCGUUCGCCGGAGUCGGAGAAGAAAUGGGCGCAGGAGAGGAGCAGCAACCGGAGCCAUCGCUCGAGAAUGUAAGCGCAGCAUCCUCUAUAUCGUCAAUAGCGGAGGAUCUGCAGCGCACGGUAGUUCAAUCGAAGGAUUCUGCCAUUCGCUCUGCUCGUUCUCUCCAAGAGGCCUCUUCCUCCCAUAUCCGUUCAUUCCAGGAUUUCGUACCCCGAGCAGCAUCACAGUUUAAAACUCACGAAGAUGCUUUUUUCAGCAAAGCGAAAGAUGAGUUCAAGAUUGCAAGGGACCACCCAGCUGCUACGAUUGGGGUUGCUCUUGCAGCUGGCCUUCUCAUUAUGCGAGGACCAAGAAGAUUUCUGUUCCGUCAUACGUUGGGUCGAUUUCAGACCGAGGAGGCAAAUUUUUUGAAGGCAGAGAAGCAUGUAAAAGAGUUGAACCUUUCAGUGGACCUGAUGAAGAAGGAGAGCAAAAAACUGCUCGAGAGGGCUGCUUUAGCUGAAAAGGAUAUGAAAUACGGCCACAACGAGCUGAUGAAUGCCGGAAAUCAAAUUCAACAUCUUUCAAGGUCAAUUUACAAGGCUGAAGCCCAAGCUGCAGAUUUGAUGGAUGGGCUGCGAGAAAUCUCCGGUAGGGACGCGUUAAAACUUCGAGCAGAGGUGGCUUCAAUGGCGACGUUUUUGAAGCGUCAGAGAACUUUGCUUGACAACAGGGCGAUGACUGUUUCUGAAUUGGGGAUCCCUCUGUGAUCAACAACUGGAGAUCGAGGUAUGAAUCAUGUAACUUGUUUUAAGAUUGCGGAAAGUUGAUGACAAUUUUGAUCUUAAAUAAUUUCCAAUUUGGGAGUGUUGCUUCCAUCCGGACUAAGUUUAUCAGUAAAUAGAGUGAAUGAGUGAUUGAAAACCUCUUGGAAUCUUUCACUUGGAAAAUUUUUUAACAUUGACAUUUCGUAUAUCUGUGUAUGAUCUUGUACUGGGUUGUUUUGGCUGAAUAUGAUUUGGUCAUUUUAGCAAAUACCCUUUGUUGUGGGUGUUAAAAGAUUGGCUAAAAUACAUCUUUUGUACCUAUAAUUUCAAUUAUAGAAGGAACGAUUUAGUCCA